GCGCUGAUGUGCUUUGCCUGGUUGAGCUGGAUUGCUUUGAGGAGCAGCUUGAUGGAGGGAAGGAGAAAGGAGGAUUGGAAGGAGGGAAGCGGAGAAGCCGGAUCCCAGGCAACCACUAUUGUCGUGGCCUGGGGUUGCCGUGGCCUGGCAGCGAAGUCUUUGGAGACCUGGAUGGAUC